AUGACAAGAGCUACUCUUACUCCAUCUCAUAAUCUUUAUGACUACAGGGCUUUCUAUGGUGUUUUGGGGUUUGUUAUGGAAAGUGGGGCCAAGGGAUGUGAGGUGAUCGUUAGUGGCAAAAUGAGGGCCCAGCGUGCCAAGGCCAUGAAGUUCAAGGACGGGUACAUGAUUUCUUCUGGCCAGCCCGUGAAAGAGUACAUUGACUCCGCUGUUAGGCACGUCCUGCUCAGACAGGGGGUACUUGGCAUCAAGGUCAAGAUCAUGCUCGACUGGGAUCCCAAAGGAAAGCAAGGCCCCACAACUCCUCUUCCGGAUCUCGUCACAAUUCACCCUCCGAAGGAAGAGGAAUUCAUCAGGCCAGCAGCUAUUGUGCCGACUGAAUUCGAGGUGCAAGCAUAG